AGCCUUUCUCUUCUCAUGCAAACUUCUGCUUUCUCUGCACAGGGUCACUGCCAAGCUGGACUGAAACACACGCCUCAUCCCUGCUCGCUGUUGCAGGACGCUGCAAGCGCUGGUGCCGACAUGAUGCUGUGGGCCGUGCUGCUCUGCCUGGCCACGGUCCCCCUGGCCAGGGCCGAUAGCUGCAAGGGCUACACCGCCAUCCCGGGCAUUCCGGGUGCACCAGGACAGCCGGGCUCCAAUGGCAAAGAUGGAGUGGAUGGCCCGAAGGGAGAGAAAGGUGCCCCAGGGCGGGUGGAUGAUGAAAUGGAGCUGGGGGAGAAAGGAGAGCCGGGGAGCCCCGGACACCCCGGGAAAGUCGGCCCCAAAGGCCCCGUUGGCUCCAAGGGCUUUCCGGGCCCCAUGGGUCCUCCUGGGCCAGUGGGUGAAUCUGGGGACUUCAAGACCACGCUCAAAUCUGCAUUCUCAGCUGCCAGGACCAUUAGCAUGCUGCCACGCCGGGAGCAGCCCAUCCGCUUCGACCGCAUCAUCACCAACGAGAACGGGCACUACGAGAACAGGUACGGGCGGUUCACCUGCCGGAUCCCAGGCCUCUACUACUUCACCUACCACGUCACCUCCCGGGGCAACUUGUGCAUCAACAUCAAGAAGGGCCAGGGUACCAAGGGGGAGAAGGUGGUGACCUUCUGCGACUACGUUCACAACAUCUACCAGGUCACCACUGGGGGGGUGGUGCUGCGGUUGCAGGCAGACGAGUCCGUGUGGCUGGAGCCCACCGAGAAGAAUUCCCUGGUGGGGAUUGAAGGGGCUGACAGCAUCUUCUCCGGAUUCCUGCUCUUCCCCGAAGCCUAGCCGCCUGUGGACAGCGCCCCAACACUCACUCUCCCACGUGCUCCCCGCAUGUCACUCCCGAGCGCAACACGCUGGCACAAGCUUCCACGCUGCAGCCCGUUGAUACAUGAAGUGCUUUCCCCAGCAGCAGCGCCAGCUACCGCUCAGGGCACAGACCUUCUCUCGGUGCUGCCCGUCCCACCCCUGGUGCAGCGCCAGCUUCAGCCCUAACCAGCACGCAGCCCCCUGGCAGAGAACCCACAACAAGGGAGGCCCGGCCCCCGGAGACCCGUUCUGUGUCCCUGAAUCCCUGGCAAUAGCGUUCACAUAGCUUCUGCUGCCGCGGGAGGGAGACACAAACCCUCUAAAAUGAGCAAAGCACCAGCCCCCUCAGCACAGCUAAGAGUGAUGGUUGGCCCAGGGAAUCCCAGCCAAGUGGGGGUUCCUGUCACAGCAGUGGGGAUUCCCCAGCAUUAAUUCUAUAGCCAAGGCUUCUCAUGCCGGAGAAUCAUGGCAGCCCAGCCCCGAUAGACAAACAUUUGGGUGCAGUGGAGGUGCCUGCCAUCCUCUCCCAGGGGGAUGCCCGGCUGUGAGCCGCUGUGGUCUGCUCACUGCAGCACCCAUGCUGUGGGGCCGAUGGGGUCAGGCCAAAGGCCUUCGCCCCGGCCCCAGCCCCAGCUCCAGGGAGAUGAUCCGUCAGGAGCAAUCCGAGAUUUGCACUCUCCUUUCCAACGCAGCUGGAGCUGCUGGACUAGCCAGAGCCUGACACCCUGCGGCUGCCCUGCUCCAGCCUGUAGCAGGGAGGAGACCUCCAGCGAGGAUACCUGCAUCCUAGCCAGCCCCACUGCCUUCUCCGCUCCAGUGGCUGCUUGCUGUCCAUUGGGGCUAGUGCUUUCCAGGCCUGAGCAUGCUCACACGCAUUCAGGCCCUAAGCCAGGCCCGCAGAGCAGACACAGCCAAUAAACUUGAUGUCUGCUAUUGA